CGCCUGGCCAGUUGACGCUUCCCGGACUCAGCAUGGAUCUAAACAAGGUAUCGACAGAGAAGUCUAAUAAGGUUCCAGAAAAGCCGGAUCACGAGAGCCAGAUACUCUGUUGCGAAAGACACCCGGAGAAUCUCAAACGCGAAUUUGACGCUAGCUUUAAGGCCAAGGCGACGCCAACUGACAGUCAAGGCAAGCUCUGUGGGCCAGUAGAUGUGGUUAACCGAACGAAGCUAUUCUUUUUUGACCCAGUCAGCCGUGCAAAGAUGGGACCGGCAGUCGUCUUUACUGGCUGUCCAACGCCGAAGACUUUCGUGUCUGAGUGCCACAAAGUCAUUUGGUUAUUCCUCUCUCUGCUGCUGAAGAGCGCCUUCCUGACUCCCAUUCCGAAGCAGAAAAGCGGGCCACUCGUGGCAACCAUUCAGUAUCCGUGGGACAACUCGUGGAUUCGGUCACCUGCGCCGCCUAAUAUGUGGCCUCAAGUGACCCAUUCAAUCUGUGCUUGCCCCGUUUCCUCAUCGAAGGCAUCGAGGUCGUCGACGACCCGGUCGACCAAGCCAGUCUGUCCCUCAAAGACGCCAACGGGUUCAACUUGA